AUGCAGCUAGAUGUUGAUGAUGAUGAAGAUGAAGACGAAAGGCUGUUCCUGACUGAACUUCUUUCUACUUCAUGCUUGUGUCAGGUCUUGGUGGUGGUGCUGAGUCUGUGUGAGGCCCUGUGGGGAGCUCCAGCCCCCCGUCCAAAGCCUACAGACUUCCGAUCCGAAUUCGAUUCCGUUGUCCAUAUGUCGAGGAACCUGCUGAGUGACGCCAAGAACCUCUUCAACCACUUUAAAAACCGCUACCCAGCAGAAGGAGAACACAAGCUAGAUACGCUGCCUGUGUUGACUAUGACUGCGGUGGAACUCGCCAACAUCCAGGUCUCUGUGGGUCUGACUCGGCUCAGUUCCGACUUGCAGUGCUACCAACGCCACUUUGAGUGGCUGCGGAGGGCAGCCCCACUGCUGCUGCGGCCCAUGGAGCAUGACAUCACCUUAGUGCACACCCGGCUGGAACGCCUCCUCAAAAGACUGGAGCACCUGAUGACCAAGCUCAGCCUCUCACGGCCCAACCCAACUCUGCCAACCCUGCCAGCCCACGGCACCCACUGGACUGCGGUUCAGGCAGGACACGCCAUCGCCCACUCAUUUCACCUCUACCUGGACUGGGCAUCUCGCGUGCUGGUUCUGAUCCGGAACAAGCUGUGA